CGCAUGGAGACUACAGCCUAAAAAUGGCGGCCUCCGCGAGGAAGGCCGCGAUGGCGGUGCGUUCGAGUUUGGGCCGGCACGUUGCUUUUGUCCGAAGAGUUCCCUGGACCGCGGCCGCCAGUCAGUUGAGAGAACACUUUGGUCAGUUUGGUCAUAUACGGAAGUGCUCCCUACCUUUCGAUAGAGAGACUGGCUUUCACAGAGGUAUGGGCUGGAUUCAAUUUUCUACAGAAGAAGAACUUCAUAAUGCACUACAGCAGGAAAAUCAUAUUAUUGAUGGAGUAAAGCUCCAUGUUCAAGUUCGAAGACCAAAACAAGGGGCUCAAACAACCGAUGAAGAGAAAGAUUUUUAAGACUGCCACUGUAUAUUAAAUAAAGUAAACAAAA